AUGCUCUCCAACACACUCACGAAGGUUUGUGAGGAGAAUGGCCGUCUGUCCGGACAAAUAUCCGCGCUGGAGGAGAAGGUGCAGGCACUGGCGCAGGAACCGCUGAAGGAGACGCCGGUGCUUCAAUCACUCUUCGAGCCAGAGAAGACAGGCUGGUUUGGUGGAUCAAAGUCCGCGGCGCGAGAGCAGCUGGAGCAGCUGAGCGACGCGCUGCAGUCCGAGUUCAUUUCCUACAAGGCGUCGCACGCUUCCAGCAACGACGAGGUGCAGGCGCUGGUGGAGGGCCUGCACAAUGCACACUUAAACGCGCAGGAGCUGUCGAACACGGUGAAGGAACAGCAGCAGCUCAUCAGCAGCGGCCCGCUGGCUGUGGCGGUGCACAUUGUGCCCGUUGACGAGGGCAACAGCUGUGCUGCCACGGCGCAGGAGUUGCAGGCGCAGCUACGAAGGGUGCGCGAGCAAGCUGCGCGGACUGAGGAUGCGCUGCGUAGCUCGCAAGCCGAGUUGCUUGCACUGAAGGCGGAGAACGCAAAGCUGCGCAAUGAUUCCGUUGCGAGCUCCACACCUCUGGAACCAGCAGCGGCAGCCCCGAUGCCCGCUGGCAACAGCGCUCUGUUGCUGUCUGAGAUGUCUGCCACUGAGGCGCUCAAGCGCAUGACCAGUGAGCGUGAUGCGCUGCAGGACGCGCUCGCUGAGGCUCGCGACGCCAUUGUGGAGAAGGAUAAAGAUGCGGAGCUUCAGAAGCACAAGGUGGCCCAGUUAGAGAGCAAGCUGGCAGCGAAGGACUCGGUGCACAUGGAGGAGGUGGAUAAGCUGCGGCAGCAGCUGGAGACGGCCAGGCGUGACGUGGACGCGUCCCACAUAACGGUGCAGGGCCUGCGCAGCCAGAUCCUUGAGAUGACGGUGCAGCAAGAGGAAAGGCAUAAUGCGCUGGAGAAGCGCCUGGCGGACGCCCUCGACCAGCUCAGCGCGAAAGACGAUCAGUUGCGCCACCUCAGCUCUGUCGAUGACUACGAGAAUCUUAAGUUGGAGCAGGAGUCGCUAACGCGCGAGAUUGAUCUCUAUAAGCAACGCAUCGCCUUCCUGGAAACUAGCCGCAGCGCAUCCGACGACGCUGCCAACGCGACUGCGUUGAACGACGCGGAGGUGCUAGAGACACUCAACGCCACCAAAGAGCGUAUUUCGAAGCUGGAGUUCGAGCGAGAUCAGCUGGUCAUGCAACUGCAGCAGGCGCAGAGCUACGCUGUGUCUCGCGACGCGGAAGCGCGCCAGCUGCAACAGCGCUCCGAGGACGAUAAGAAGCGCGUGGCCUUCCUCAUGAAGAAGUGCGCCUCCCUCACCGCCGAUGUGCGGAGCGCGACGACACAGCUCGACACCUUCAAGGACCAGUUUGAGAAGCAGUCACUCGAGCUCAAACAGGAGAGGCGCAACACAGAAGGCAUGGCCAGGCUGCAGAAGCAGUUCGACGAUCUGAGCAAGGAGAAGAAGCUGCUUGAGGACCGCUUGGCAGCGACGCAGGAGAUGGAGGAGCGGCUUGUGAAGGCGAAGGAGACGAUCGCUUACAUGGAAUUGGCCCAGAGCAGCACGAUCUGCAUGAGCCAGUUUGCCGAGCUGAAGGCGGAAAAGGAAAAGCUACAAAAUACAAUGGAGCCGCUGGAUCGAAGGCUGGAGGAGGCCAAGCAGGAGAUCGAGCGUCUGAAGGCCGUCACGGACGCGCAGCACGCGAUCUCGGAAACACAGAACAAGAACGUGCGCGCUUGGCAGGACCAGGUGACGGCUCUGAGCGAGAGUGAGGCGAAGCUGCGCGACAAGGUCGCUGUGCUGACGGCAGAGAACACACGUCUCACACAGGUGAACGCGUCGCUGGAGCAGCAGAUGGACGACAUGCAGGAUGGCAUUAAGGAGAUGGCAGUGCACAUGGAGAAGGAUCGCGCUAGCGCCAAGGCCGCCGCGGAGGCGAACGCGCAAAAACAAAUCCAGACUCUCUCCGAUGAACUGGCGCAGGCGAGGAAGACGAUCGCCGAGGUGCAGGCACGCGACGGGCAGUACGUCGCCGACGGGCUUUACCAGUCCGUCGUCGCGGAGCGCGACAGGUCGUUGGAGGAGAACAAGAAGAUCACCGUCGAGCUGGAAAAGUGCAAGUCGGAGAUCUCAAUCUACCGUCAGACGAUCGCCGACCUUGAACAGGAGAACGACGAGCGCGUGAAGGAGAUCGAGUCGCUGCAGGAUCACUACCAGAGCGACCGCGCCGCCCUCAGCGAUCGCCUCGCGAAGGAGCAGAAGCGCGCGGCGGAACUGAGCAGCGGCGUCGCAGACCUGACGGAGCGCGUGUCCGCGAUGGAGGCCGAGGCGGCAAAGCACACGAGCGCCAUCACGGCGCUGCAGGAGAAGAAUGCGAGGCAGCAGCGCGUCUUCGAGGACAAGUGCCGCCGCGAGGAAGCCCUAACCGACGAGAUCAAGCGCUUGAAUGGGCAAAUCAGUGCCUUGCAGGCAAACCUGGCAAGCGUCGCCCUUCAGGGGCAGGGCAGCGGCAGCAACGGCAACGACGUAGAUACCACGGCGGCAGCGGCCUUUGUAGCUGCUGCUUCUACCGUCGGAGUUGCAGCACCCGCCGUGGAACGCUGCAGCUCUGCCGUGGUGGAACCAGAGACAGAGGUGAGGGCGACGGAUCGCGCUGCGUUGUUGUCCUCCCUGAACCCUGCAGCAGCGACUGCGAGUCGACCGUUGUUGGACCGCCCCGCUGAUGGUGCCGCGGCCUACGCUGCCUCUGCCCCAGAGCCUAUAGCCAUUGAUGCCUUCUGCAAGCGCAUCGAAGACCUUCAGCGCGACAACGACCGCCUGAAUAGUGAGCUGAAGCGCAUACAGCUGCAGCACCGCACCGACUCCGCGAAUGAUCAGCACAUGAUUACCGUUCUGCAGACGCAGAUCAAGAACCGCAUGUCAACCAACAACCGUGCUGCUUACGAGGCUGAAAUCGCCAAGUCAGCAGCAUUGAAGAAGAGCAUCGAGGCGCUCAUGGAGGAGAACGUGAAGCUGCGCAAGCAGGCAGGAGUUGCGCAGGUCUCGGCGAACAUGCCUGCCUCGGCAUCAUCGGUCGCAAUGGCGGGGGCACAGCAGAUGGACGUGCUCCAGCUGCAGUCUCAACUGCAGGCUCAGAAGGCCGCGUACGACUCGGCGAUGGAGGCGGCAGCAAAGGCUGCGGAGACGUAUGAGGCGCGCAUCCACGAGCUGGAGGAGCAGCUACACGAGACCAAGGAGGCUGCUGCUGCUGCUGCUGCUGCUGCUGCUGCGGGGGGCACAGGCACCGGGGGCAAUGCCGCCGACGAUGGUGACGCGAGUCUGCUCGACAGGCCAGUGAAGAGGCGGGUGAAAAAGAUCAAGAAGAAGAAAACGCUGGCAGAGCAGGUUGGCGCCACAAACGAUGGCGAUGACAUCCUAGCAGCGUCCCCUCAAGCUGACGGCGCCGCCGCUACCGAGAACUCAGCUGAGGCGGGACAGUUGCAGGCGCCCUUGAUGCUUGUGCACCAGGAAGUGGAUCAGGUCAAGUUGGAAAACAUGCGGCUUACUGCGGAAAACACUCAACUCAAGGCCACCGUCGCAGACCUGUUGGAGCAGUUGCAGCGGGCCGAGGAGGACGUGAAGGCCGCGAAUGAGGACAUGGAUAUGAUGCAGACGGCGAUGAACGAGGAGCGGGUCGACCUUGGGAAGCGAAUGGACCUUCUCGAGCAGCAGAGCAUACAGCGGCUCCCCGGCACGGAUGAACAACAGCUGUCGACGCCGUUGCGCAACACCGGCUCUGUUCGCAAUGGCAGUGAGAACCUCAGUGAGGUCAACCGCUCCUUCCGCAACAGCACCGUCGUCGACUUUGAGAUGCAGCUGCGCCGGUGCCAGGACGAGGUGGAGCGCCUGACGGCUGAGAACAGGAACCUGCAGUGCCGACCGGAGCGCGAAGAGGCACAACGAACGUCAUCCUUGUCGGGCACGGCGGCGGCAGUGAUGGCGCAGAAGAGCGAAGCCGGCGAUGUGCGGAAGUUGCAGCGGCAGCUGAAGCAGAAGGAUGCGGAGAUCAAGGUGCUCGCCGAUCAGCUCAUGCCCACCAAGGAGAAGCUGGCCGAGUACAUGGCUAUGGCGGAUCGCCUGGGCCUCCGGUACCCUUUUCCGCCGGAGCUGGAGGGCGCGACGGUGCUGCGACUCAAGGCGCUUCACCUGCCGGUGCAUCCGCGAUCGGCCUCCGCCCCGACUCCGGCACAUCAGUGGGUGCACAGAAUCCGCUCAGGUGGAAAGGUCGACGAGGUAUCGCCGCCACCACGAGCGCCCCGAGCGCGCCACAUAGGCGGUGGAGUCGAUACCGCGCGGGAGAAGGGCGGAGACUUCUCUCGCCGAUAA